CGCAACUUCCCCUCCGACAAACCACAGCAUCCUGUAUUGCUUUGAUGAUGGCAUCGACUAGUUAUACUGGCACGAACCAUGGACUCCAGGUUGGAAACAACCAAGGUUCGAUUACGGCAGAAUUUAAUCUUUCGUCGCAUACCACCGAGGACAUUGAUAGAUUUUGCCUCCGCGAUCUACGUUGCCCCGACUCACGGGUUGUAAAAAAUCGCUUGAAAGAAAAUAAGGACAAGUUAAUUCCCCAGUCAAUCAAAUGGAUUCUUCAAGAUCCGCAGUAUAAGAAAUGGCAAAAUGGGGACGAUGUCUCUUUGCUCUGGAUCAAGGGUGGAGCUGGCAAAGGUAAGACCAUGAUUUCGAUUGGUCUUAUGGAGGAGAUCUCUCGGGCACAACACGAAUCUACUCUGGUGACUUAUUUCUUCUGCCAAAAUGCCGACAAUGACCUCAACACCCUUGAAGCAAUCAUUAAGGGUGUGAUUCUGCAAGUAGUGAGCCAGGAAAUCAGGCUCAAGGAAUCCCUGCGACGCCGCUGGGAUACUGAGAAAGAUUGUUUUAAUGAGGACGUUACAUCAUGGCGAACUCUAUGGAACAUCCUUUUGGAGAUGUUAGACCGGUGUAACUGCUCGAGGGUAUACGUGAUUGUGGAUGCACUUGAUGAAUGCCAGGAUGCUGGCAUGGCUGACUUCUUGAACCUCAUGGUCCGAACUGGACUGGACCAUCCCGCCAAAAUAAAAUGGCUCUUGACAAGUCGACCAUUCGACAAUGCAGAGCGGGUAUUGUUGGCUGGACAUGACCAGGUGCAAGUCAGCCUAGAGCUCAACUCGAAAGAAGUUUCUGAAUCUGUAAAGGCUUAUAUCGCUCAUAAAGUGGAUGAGCUCAGUCUGCGCCACAGAUAUGGAGAAAAACUAAAGACAGAGGUAGAAACUGAGCUUACUGAAAAGGCUGAGGGCACCUUUUUAUGGGUGAGCUUGGUAUGCAAGAGACUCGAGAAUGUCUGCCGAGAUGAGGUCUUGACCACUAUUCAAAACUUGCCGCCGGGUCUGCAUCCUCUCUACGAUCGGAUAUUGAAUCAACUCAGCCAGGGCGAAGCAGAUGAUGUACAGAAAUGCAUGCGAUUGCUUAAGUUGAUGGUGUUGGCAUACCGACCCCUGAAGGUGGAGGAAGUUCCUAGUCUGGCUGGCUUGACUGAUGAAAAGGACGAUAUCAAAGCGUUAGUCAGUCGCUGUGUCUCAUUCAUCAGGACGCGGGAAAACAAUAUCGAAUUUAUUCAUCAAUCUGCUCGAGACUACUUGGCUGGGGAAAAUGGUCAACUUAUACUUGACUCGCAUGAACGAUUUGGACAUGAUGACGUUGUUCUUUGUUGUCUAUCCCAUUUAACCAAAUGGCUCAAGGUCAAUCUCGUUGACCUACCCCGACCUAGCUCAGCCAGAAGGUCUUUGAAUUCGCUGGAUGUCAUAAGAAGAAGCGCCUUACUGUCUCGUGUGGACUAUGCAGCUAGCUUCUGGGUGCGACAUCUUAGCAACACGAAGCAAACCAUACUGUUGCAGAGCUGGUUCAGCGGAAAUGGUGCAGUUAAUACAUUCCUCCACACAAAGUUUUUGGAAUGGCUAGAAUGCCUUUGUCUGUUAGACAAGCUACCACGGGCCCACGAAGCAUUGAAAACACUGGCAAAUAUAGCAAAGAACAGUCCUUUGGUAUUGGCACUCGUGCAUGAUGCUACACAGUUUUUGUUACAUCAUUACCACACUCUAGUAAAUUGGCCAUUGCAGAUAUAUAGCUCUGCGGUCAUUUUUAGUCCUGAAUCAAGCAUUAUAAGGAGGGAAUACAAAGACAAAAUUCCCGCAAAGCUAAUAAAAAUGCCUCCCAUGGAAGGCGCCUGGGAGUCUUUGCUCCUAAUACUGGCAGGCCACUCAAAAAGGGUAAAUAUCGUGGCCUUUUCACCAGACGGCAAGCAGAUUGCAUCAGGCUCUGAUGACAUGACUGUCAAGCUUUGGGAUGCCACCAGAGGACACGUUAAGAAGACCCUUGCAGGCCACUCUGGUUCGAUCAAAACCGUGGCCUUUUCACUAGACGGUAAGCGGAUUGCAUCUGGCUCCGCUGGAGCCACCGCUGGAGCCAUCAAGCUUUGGGAUGCCACCGCAGUUGACCUCCAGAAGCCUCUGGUUGACUACUCUAUUAGGUCCAAGGCAGUGACCUUAUCACCAGACGGCAAGCAGAUCGCAACAGUCUUUUGGGAUACCAUCAAGCUUUGGGACGCCGCCACAGGUGACCUUCAGAGGACACUGACAGGCCGUUCAAAAUGGAUCAAUACCGUGGCCUUUUCACCAGACGGCAAGCAGGUUGCAUCUAUCUCCGCGGACACCGUCAAGCAGUUUGUAUCUGGCUCUGCGGGCACCGUCAAUCUUUGGAAUGCCACCACAGGUGAACUUCUGAAGACAUUAGAAGGCUACUCAACACAAACCGUGGCUUUCUCACCCAACGGCAAGCAGAUCGCAUUAGGCUCUGCUGACAUGACCAUCAGGCUUUGGGACAUUUCUAUAGGUGAUCUUCAGAAGUCACCGGUAGGUCCGGUGGGUCACUCAGACUCGGUCAGGACUGUGGUCUUCUCACCAGACGGCAAGCAGAUUGCAUCAAUUGCAUCAGGGUCUGAUGACAAAACCAUCAUGCUUUGGGACGCCGCCACAGGCGACCUCCAGAAGACAUUAGGUCACUCUAAAAUGAUCAAUACCGUGGUCUUUUCACCAGACGGCAAGCAGAUUGCAUCAGGGUCUGCUGAGAAAUCCAUCAUGCUUUGGGACACCGCCACAGGUGACCUUCAGACGACACUGGCAGGCCAUUCUCAAUCGAUCCGUGUCGUGGCCUUUUCACCAGAUGGCAAGCAGAUCGCAUCUGCCUCCGAUGACGGCAGGAUCAAGCUUUGGGAUGCCGCCACGGGUGACCUUCAGACGACACUGGCAGGCCAUUCUCAAUCGAUCCGUGUCGUGGCCUUUUCACCAGAUGGCAAGCAGAUCGCAUCUGCCUCCGAUGACGGCAGGAUCAAGCUUUGGGAUGCCGCCACGGGUGACCUUCAGACGACACUGGCAGGCCAUUCACAAUGGAUCAUUACCGUGGCAUUUUCAUCAGACGGCAAGCAGAUUGCAUCAAGCUCUGCUGAUAUGACCGUCAGGCUUUGGGACAUUGCCAAAUAUAUGAAAAACUCAAAAUAUCUUGGACACACUUUUGUUGGUCGUUUCAAGUUCCGAUCCUGGAAGGAGUUUGAGACACCGGAGCCAGUAUAUGCCAUAAAAUUCUCAUCAGGUAAUCGAUACCUUGCGACAGACAUAGGACCAAUAAUGCUGGAGAACACCCCUGCAGACAGGAAAGACACGGAUUGUGAUUCAUCAAAGGAUCUAUACGUCAGAAAUCAGUGGAUAUGCUAUAGAGGGAUGCCCUUUUUCCGGCUACCAUCAGGUUUCCAGCCAAAUUGUCAUGAUGCGCAACAUGAUCAACUGACUAUUGGAUUUCAAAAUGGUCAAGUUUUGAGCUUUGACAUUGAUCGACGUAGCUUGCUGUCAAUACUGAGGGGUGUGACGAUCUAGCAAGCCACACAGGUGGGAAUCCGGUAGAGAUGGGAGUUAGGAUAGAUGACAGAUUGACAGCUGGGGGUUGUGUCAUGUUAGAUACGGGUUGUCAACGCCCGAAUGUUGUCACACAUUUCCCACAGUGCUGGAGAAGCUGCUCGAUAA